AUGAAAUUCGCUGAUCAACUCCAGAAAGGUAUCUUUGCUCCUUGGCGUCUGUCUUAUAUCAACUACGACGUCUUGAAGACUGAGCUCAAGGCCAGACAGCUCGAUCACGGCUGGACUGAUCAAGAUGAGAAGGAUUUCAUUCAUUUGCUGGAGAAUGAAUUGGAAAAGGUGUAUGAUUUCAUCUCUGCAAAGUUGGGCGAGGUCGAGGCAAGAAUCAGCUAUUGUGAAAGAACGUUGCAAACCUUCAUGAACAACCCUUCCUGGUCCUCUGAGCAAAACUGGAACAUCAUGGACGAUGCUCUCACCGAGGUCUUGUUUGACGUCAACGAUCUGGCAAAGUUCACUCGUCUCAACUACAUUGGCUUCCAAAAGAUUCUCAAGAAACAUGACAAAUGGACUGGUCUCCGUCUCCAACAGAACUUUAUUCCUCAAUUGCGUGCCAAACCUCUCGAUAAACAACGUUUCGAUGUCGCCAUUGUUUACAUUUCUGCUCUCCACGAUCUCUGUCGUCUCCAAGGAAAGCCUCGUACUGGUAAUGCUGCUGCUGGUGGUGAUCAAAACGCCUUUGAACGUGCUACUGCCAAAUAUUGGAUCCAUCCUGACAAUGUCACUGAAGUCAAGUCUAUCAUCAUGUUGCAUUUACCCGUCUUGAUCUUCAACAAGGACAAGAAGUUUGAGGUCUCUGAUUCCGCCAUCUCCAGUAUCUACUACGAUAACGAGGAUUUCGAUCUCUAUACUGGUCGUCUUCAACGUGAUGAGGGUGCCGAGGCUAUUCGUUUCCGUUGGUAUGGCCCUAUGGAGUCCAAGAACGUCUUUAUUGAGCGCAAGACCCACCAUGCUUCUUGGUUGGACGGUGCUUCAGUCAAAGAUCGCUUCAGACUGGAUGUCGAUGACGUUGAAAAGUAUGUUGAGUAUGAGCUGACUCCUGAGGAAAUUACAGAGCGUUUGCGUGCCAAGAACGUAGAUGAGCAAAUCUGCAAAGACACUGAAUUCAUUGCUACUGGUGUCCAGAAGUCUCUCAAGGAAAAGAACCUGAACCCUGUUCUACGUGCUUUCUACAACCGUACUGCUUUCCAACUGCCUGGUGAUCAACGUGUCAGAGUAAGUUUGGAUACGGAUUUGUCCUUCAUUCGUGAGGACAAUAUGGAUGAUAAGGUGCGCAGAGCAAAGAAUGAGUGGCGUCGUCCUGAUGUUGCCAUCGACUAUCCUUUCCCUCAAUUGGAUGAAACCGAGAUUUGUCGCUUCCCUUAUGCUGUUUUGGAGACCAAAUUACAAACUCAUUUAGGUCAAGAGCCCCCAGAGUGGUUGACCAAGUUGGUAGACUCCCACUUGGUACACGAAGUGCCCCGUUUCUCAAAGUAUCUUCAUGGUGCUUGCUACUUUUUCCGUGAUCGUAUGCCCUUGUUACCUUGGUGGUUGCCUGAAAUGGAUAUCGACAUUCGCAAGCCUCGUGCUACUAACUUUGGUUUAACCCGCUCCAAGUCAUUCAAACCUCUUAUUGAUGGUCAAUACCGCCGUGCUAUGGAAGCUGAGGAACGUCGUCUCAACAACGUUGCUAAAACCGAGUCUGUUCCUGGUGUUAAGGUGAACAGCCUGGAUGACGAUAACAAGGAAGUCAACAAAACUACCAAGCCCACACCAAACACCGAUCUCAAACGUCGCACACCAGCAGCAUCAUCAACAGCAUCCUUACAACAACCUCAACAGAGCAAAUAA